UAAAUAAACUGUGUUUUGAUUCGUGAGAUUUUUUUUUAAUUUGGUAGAAAAUUUCUACAUUGAAUUAUUAAUUAAAGUAUAAUUUAAAUUAACUUGAAUUGGGCUCAUGCGAAAUGAAACGUUUUUUGAAUUAAACUUUUAUCCAACAUCAAAAUAUUAAUAAAUCUUAACAUCAACGAAAAUGGACCAACCAGCAGCUCUAAUCACCCAAAUCAAAGCGGAACCACCGGAAAUGGUCAGCAUCCCGUACGAUCCAGCUUACACGGAACCGCAGUUACCGGACGACGGCGACCCGCUGCUCUCGGAAAUCAAGCUGGAACCGACGGUGAUUGCACAGGAACCGCCCCCCUCCGAAUCCGGCUCCAAACCUACGCUGAAGCUCGUUUCGCCGGAGAUUCUCAAAACCAUCAAACCGAAACCCGGUCCACGGCGGAUGCAGAUGGCGUGCCCCGAUUGCAACAAGGUUUGCACGUCGGCGGGUUUCCUGCGGCGACACAAGCAGUACUGCAACCCUCGGAACGCCGAUGGGUUGAUUCCGUGCAAGCUGUGUCCGGCGGCGUUCAAGAAGGUGAUUCGGCUGCGGUACCACAUGAACACGCACGAGGGGAACAAGACGUUCAAGUGUCGCAACGAGGGCUGCGUGGAGGCGUUUUAUUUUCCGGAGACGCGUUACAACCACGAGGAGGACUGCCGGAACAAGGAACCGUCGACGUGUGCGGUUUGCGGGGCCACGUUCCCGUUUUCGCGGAGUUUGAGGUCGCACAUGAAGCUGCACGAGGCGCCCCGGUUCGAGUGCCAGAUUUGCAACAAGAAGUUUUUUCACAGGAAAAAUCUUCGAGAGCACUGGUUGACCCACUUUAAGAACAAAGCGGAAGCUGCAGCUGCCGGUGGACAAGCCAUGGCAAGUAUGAACGAAGAGGGUGAGUCUCCGGAUGAGGAAGAACCGUCUGAAGAGCCAGCGCCGAGCAAUCAAAAAGACCCUGAAAAGAUUCACUUUUGCGAGUUAUGCGGGAAGAGCUUCCCGGUGGAAGAACAUCUGAAGCGACACAAGGAUUUCUGCACCGGAUUUAUUCCGGUAAAGAUAGAUCCUCAAUCGGUUGAGAAAACCGUUGAUAACCCUGCAAUCCUGGAUUGUCCAGUCUGUGGAAAGCGAGCAGAGUCCGUUGAGGCCCUCAAAGCGCACAUGGUUCAGCACGAAAAGGGGCGCCACAUUUGCCCCGUCUGCAACCGUGACUUUGCCUCGAAGGCAAUCCUCCGGACUCACUCGUUUGUUCAUACUGAUGAGCGUAACCACGCUUGCGAAAUCUGCGGAAAAGGCUUCAAGACCAAAAGAGCCAAAGUCAAACACUCAAAUUACAUGCACACCGGCUCCCGGCAGCACUCGUGCGAGAUUUGCAACGACACCUUCACCAACAGCCACAGCUUGCGAUACCACAUGAAUCGGCACACCGGAAAUACUCCGUACCGUUGCCAAACCGAGGGUUGCAACGAGGCGUUCCCCACGCCGGACGGGCGCCAACGUCACCAGGAUUACUGCGGCAAGGAGCUGCAGAAGGUGGGGUGCACGCUGUGUAAGGCCACCUUCAAGAACCGAAAGUACCUUCGGGUUCACAUGCUCGGUCACGAGGCCAAGUUUGAGUGCGGCGUGUGCGGGAAAAGGUUUGCGCAAAACUUCCGCCUGAAGGCGCACGUGGAAAAGGCUCACCAAGGUGGAGAGGCUGGUUCUGGAGGCGAGGAAUCGGAGGGGGAGGUAAGUGCGGAUGAGUCCGAGGAAGAAGCCGCGGUGAAACCGGAACCAGAAUAGACGAGCGGCGACGCAUGUGAAAAGGUUA